GUAGCAAAAUGUCGCUGUUCUUGAUUGUCAAGCUAUUUUCUCUUCGUAAUGUGCCGUUCUGGCGCAUAGUAUGUAUGAAACGCCGCGCUCUGGCGUGCGAGUUCCAUUUUAUUUUAGACAAGACUUGACGGCUGAUUACAAAAACUUCAUGACUCCCAAUUCGAUUGUGUUGUUUUAUCAGUGCUUUGGUUUUUCAUAAACACGAACAAAACAAGCGAAAACUCAAUGUAGUAGGCGGAAAAUCUGUAUAGAAAGGAGUGAAAAUCGUAGGUUUAUCAACUCGGGUACAAACAGAUCUUUUGACUUUCUUCCCCAUGGAAGAAAAAAUGGAUAGUGAACAAAGUGUGAGUGCGUCGAGUAGUAGCACUUCCGAGUCUUCGAGCGGGAGUUCGGAGGGCGAGGAAGAAGUCUUAGAAACAGUUCGCAUCUUAGGUCAAUCCGUCGAGAUUCCUCAAGAGCUCUGUGAAGAUUAUACAAUCUUCAGAGAAUUUUUCUCCAUGAAGACUUGGGAUGCAUUGGAAGACAAUCACAAAGAGCAGUUGAUGAAAUAUUUACCUAAAUUCUCUGAAAAUGAAAAAGAAGAAAAAGAGAAAACUGUCAAAAUGUUAUUUGAUCAUGAACCCUUUCAUUUCACAUCACCUCUAGAUAAUUUUUACAAUAAUCUUAAGCAAGGUAACUAUAGACCAGACAUAGCAAAGAUGAGGAAAUUUCUUAAAAAGGCCAGUAUCAAACAGCAAAGGCAUAAGCUAAAAUCAUAUUAUGCCAAACUUUUACCAGAGGUGUUGAUAUCUAGAGAAAGAUUGUUAGCCGUGGCCAAGGCAGCCCCGCCCGGGCCCACACCCCGAUUACCUUUAAUGCCUCCGAAGCCAUCAUCAAAGAAUAAUUACAAGUCUGUUCAUGUAAGAGCCCAGCAGAGGUACUUUGAAGAGUUGGCUGCAAUCCGUUCAGAAGUGGGUGGCGAUGAGUCUGAUGAUGAAAAUUAUCCCAAUGGUCCUCCAGAGCUAACACCUAAAAAGAGAAAACAAAUUGUUGCUGGACAGAGCAAUGAUGGCAAUGUAUCAGGGACUCUAGGCUCUGACUCUUCUCAAGCAACGUCUUUAGAAUGCCUUAAGAAUAUCUUAUCAGCACAUAGAUUGAGAAGAAUACACAGAGAGAACCAUCCAGAACUAAACACUACAGGGAUAACAUUAGAAGAUAUAAAAACCAGGGUGGCAUUAGUAAAUGGUGCUAAAAAGCUUAUGUUUGGAGGCCAAAAAGCAGAGACACCUUUGCAAAAACUACGAAGAGGUCCCAAAAAAGACAAAGUUAAAUCAGAUACUAAGGCACCUAAAAAAGUCAAGGAGGAAGUGUUAUUAGAGGGCCCAGAAAACAGGCCCUUACUGCCAAACAUCAAGAUAAAGUGUGAACAAGAAGAAUCGGAUUCUGAAAGUUCAUCAUUUGUAGAUCCGGUUGCUAGUCCGAAACAUUCUAAAAACUUAUUGGAUAGCCAUGAUAUUAAGCAAGAAGUUGAUGUUAAAUAUCCUAAUGCUACAAAUAUAAACUAUAAUGAGCCUAAAUUGGAAAGUGUAGUAAAACAAGAGCCCCCUGACCCUGUGCUUGCCAUGCAAAAUGCAUCUCGAAUGUUACAACCAGUGCCUAUAAAGCUUGAGGAUUUGGAUGGGAUUGAUAUGAUGGCCCUGCCAGUAGAAAUAGCAGAUGACUCAGGGGAAGUACUGCCAGAACAUUCGGAGAGCAUAGGGGAGCAGUUGAUAGACACAGAUGAGUCCCUGACAGAGACUACUCAUGCCAAUUUCUUGUCAUUGGUCCGAGCUUUGUUCCCCGCGCGAGCUGCACACAGGGCUUCGAAGCAGCAGCUGCACGCCAGAUGUGCGGCCGUCAUGAGGUCUCCUAUAGCUCCACUUAAUACUUGGUAUAACUUGUCAGAUGACUGGUGUGCAGAAUUGGACUCCGCUUUGGAUUUUUUGGCGGGGGAGAGAGGGCCGCACCCUGACGACUUUGUGCCAUAUCUGCAGUUUAUGUCCGAAACUCAGAUGUACCAGUGGAUCGGUGCGGGGCGCGACUGCGACGCGAUCCUGUCGCGCCUGUGCGAGCGCUGGCUGCGCGCCGCCGACCCGCCGCCCGCGCCCGCCGCGCCCGCCGCACUCGCCGCACCCGCCGCACCCGCCGCGCCCGCCGCAUCCUCCGCGCCCGCCGCGCCCCUCGAGCCCCCGCCCCCGAGACAUCCGACAUCGUGGGUGGUGCGGUCGCCUACAGCGGCAGAACUAGCCGAGUUCAGAGCUCAAGAGAGGAAACGCUUCGCUGCGGCGGCCAAACCAUUCACAUACGUGCAGCAUGGCUACCGGUCGGUGGUAGGUCCGAUGGUGCGGUCGCUGUGGGGCGCGGGCGGUGCGGGGGGCGCGGGCGGCGCUGGCGGUGUGGGGGGCGCGGGCGGCGGUGCGCUGUCGCCCGCGCGGCCGCGCGCCGCCACGCUGCCCGCGCUGCUGCGCGACGCCGUCGCCCGCUUGCCCAACGGAGAGGGCACCAGGCACGACAUACUCACGCUGCUCAAGAUGUCUCAAUGGAUAACGCCGUGUAGCGACCAAGCGCUAUUAUCUGCUGUGUCUUCCACAUUGGACCGGCUGCAUUCCGCCAAGCGUGAUCCGGUCGUCAAAUACGACCAACGGACUGCCAUUUGGACCUAUUUGUAUAGGCAUAGGAGCGAAGAAGACUGGAAUAAGCUAAGCGGGACACGCGGGCGCGCGAAAACGGCUGUCCCCGCCAGUCCCGCGGCAGUGUCCACUGUGACGUCACUGUGUGUCCCGCAACCACAGAUGGAAUUAGAAAUAGGCUCCGUAGAAGAAGUGGUUGAAAACGCGUCAGAUAGCGACGUGGAUGUCGACGAUACAACCGCAGUCACCUCCGUGCCGCACCUCUCUUCAGCGCAACUGCUAAUGCAGGCCCAAGCUAGCCAGGGAAAGAUAACACCAUCGAACACCCCACCGACAAAACCGAAAGGAAAACUAGUCGCAAUACCCCCCCAAAAGACCAAAACCCCAGCUAAACAAACCCCGAAACCAAAUCUCAUGACGCAAUCAGUAAAACAAGCGAACUUGCUAAAUCAAGCGAAACAAGCCUUGCAAACGGUGAAAGCGGCGCAAAAACAAACUGCCCAAGCGAAAACUCCACAAGUCAAACCACCUCCUUCCCCUAAACCGUCUACGGUCACCCAAUCCCCAAAACAGGCCACUCCGAAACUGUCAAUUACAGUUACAAAAACCAACGUGCAAAAACCAGCAACAAAACCUGUUCCGCCGAAACAAACCGUCGCAAAACCGAGUCAAUCGCCAAAAACGACAGUGACUCAAGUGGUGAAGACUGCCGUUCAGGUGGUGAAGGCGCAGGUGAGGCCGGUGGCGCCGACGAGUCAGAGUCAGGUGACUGCCGUGUCGAAGUCGUUGCCCGUGAUCACCGCGCCGCACAAGUCGCCUCUGAUCAAACAAAGACCGCUGCAGAAAGUUGAAACGGCACCACCUCAGACUAUUGCAACAAGUGUGCCAAGUCGACCAGUGGUAACGCCAACUGUGGUGCCGACUGUUACUGUUGCUGCUCCACAAACUCUAAAUAAGGUGGUGCAAGGCACUCGGUCGUUGCUGCUCAGGCCGCCGGCCAUUCAGACCACAGUCACCGCCGCGUCUGCCCCCAACACGCAAGUUCAGGAGCUGGCGGGCGUUGCCGGGCGCGCGGCGGGCGCGGGCAAGUCGCUGCUGUCCCCCGCCGCGCUGCUGCAGCACGGAACUACUGUUGUUAACAAGAAACGGACAUCGAUUGCAAAUACGUCUGUCACUUCAAUAGCACAGCAGAGCGCCUCAAACGCGACAGCAGUAGUAAGCAGUGUGCCAACAGCAGUGACGUCAUCAGUAGCAACUCGCACGGUCCAGUUGGCCGGCGGACGAACUGUCCAACUCGCCGCCAACCAAACGGUCCACUUGCCCGGGGGACAAACGGUCCAGUUGUCCUCCGGACAUACUCUACAACUAUCGUCCUUACAACUACCCACUCAUAGCGUCAGGUUACCGAGUGGACAAACCGUUCAAUUAGCGUCCCCGCAAGUCGUCAGACCAAUAUCCACAGCUAACGUGAAAACCACUCCCCGAACCCUCCAAUCCUCCCCUACAAUAAAAUCCCAAAUCCCCGUAUCAACCGUCCAAUUGGCCAGACAAACGGUCCAAAUUGGCGGCCAAACAGUGCAGUUAGCUGGACAAAGUGUUCAACUAACCGGACACACGGUGAAACUGCCCAGUGGUCAGAGCGUACAAGUCGCUAGUCAAAGUGUUUUACCUUCACAAAGUGUUCAAUUACCCAGUGGUCAAACGGUGCAGUUGAGUAGUGGAAAUGUGCAAACUGUUCAGUUAGGGUCGAAUGUGCAAUUAGCCAAUCAAAGUGUUCAAAUUCCUAGUGCUCAAUUAGGUUCGCAAACAGUUCAAAUUGGGGGACAAACAGUGCAGUUGGCUGGUGGGCAAACAGUGCAGUUGCCCAGUGGGCAAACGCUGCAGUUAUCUGGGCAAACUGUUCAGUUGUCUAGUGGGCAAACGAUACAGUUGGCGAGUGGGCAAACGGUGCAGUUGGCGAAUCAAACUGCCAAGUCUGUGUCGCAAGUGGUGAGAACUCAGACAACGGGAGACAAGCCGACUCAGCCUAUCGUUGCUAAGUUGCUGACUAAUGCUCAGGGUCAAAUGAUAUCCCUGGAGGGCGUAGUGGGCGGCAGCCGGCCGCCGGCGCUGCAGCAACUGCAGCAGCUGCAGCUGCAGGCGCGCAACAACCGCGGCGUGCGGCUGCUGGCGGGCGCGCGCCCGCUGCUGCUGACCGCCGCUAAACCGCUCCACGACAUCAUUCUACAGCAAGGAGAUGGCACAGCUAUUCGCGUGACUUCCACCGGCGGCGCCAAUCCCACACAGACUAUAGUUUUAAGUAAUAUUGGUGGACAAGCAGUAACAACGCCCACCACAUCAACGCCCGUUCUCAAAUUGCAACAGGUAAAUCCAAUACAACAGGUUAAGCUCGCGCAAGGAAUUAAAAUACAACAGCAGCCGCUGGACGGGCAGCAGCUGAAGCUGGUGGGCGGCCGCCACGUGCUGGCGCGGAUACUGCGGCCCGCGCUCCCGCCGCAGUGACUCAGAUUCCAUACGCCUUCUCUCAUAAAGUGGUCUGCAACUGACAGUGUUGCCGUGCACAAGUUGACACACCGUGUCUCUAUAUUUGGUCCGUGAAUAAGUUUGUGUACGGAUCUUGUCCAUUCGGAUGAUACGUUAAAUGUGUGAAUAGAGCACAAAAUUAAAAUUGUAAAGUAGGUCUCUUUUCACACUUUACAGUCUCACAUGCAUUGAUAUAAUUGAUAAUAAUUUUUGACUUGGUAUCUGAUUAAAUCUCUUUUCUUUGAAAUAGUACCGGGAAUAAUGUAUUAUAUAGAAAGUACCAAGGCUUUAUAGACAGAUGUGAGUUUUCUUCGAGUAAGUAAAUAAUUAUCAGCCAAUGGUUUUUAUCUAGCCAAAAUAAUAUACAUGACUGAAGUCGGAAACGGAUGUUUAAUUUAAAUUUUUGACUUAAUUUCGAAGGAGGCUCAGUAUUUUUUUAGAAUUCCUGAAAAUGUACAAAGACAGUAUUGUUUGUUCGGACUUAGCGGUGCCAACAAUAACCACGGGAUUUAUAAAUUAUGUAGAUAUGUACUUUAGUUCUAUGACAUAAUUUUAUUUUUAGACAGUCGUUCAAAACGGUUCUAAGUUUAUUUUCUAUAUUUUGUAAAAAAAAAACAAGCAUUAUAAUUUUAUUUGUUAGGAUUUGUGUUGUACUAUCUAAACGUAAGUUAUAUGUUUCAAUAUAUGCACGAAAUUUGUUUAAACUUCCUAUAUUCAGAUGUCGCUUUUAUUUUAUUCAAGAAUAUGGGCGAUAAAUAUAAGUUUACACAAGGCGUUACUUUCGCGCACACUAGCGCCGCAAUCACAUUUUUAUUAAUUUAUUUUAUUUCUUAGUGAAAAAUCUUGACAAAUUUGGCUACACCAGACAAAUGAUUUCAUUAGUGUUAUAUAUUUUACAUUAUAUGUAGUCACAAUUGACUACACUAUGUAGAAUAAAUUGUUAAGAUCAUCUUUUUAUCUUUUGAUAAUAAAUAACAGAAAUUGAUAAAAAUGUGUUAAGUGGUAGGACCUUAAACACAUAUACAAGAACUUAUCUUUGACAACAUUUGUUAGUUAUAAUACGCAAACAUAAUAAUUUUUGUUUGAUACUCAUACAUGAGCUUCUAAAAUGCAUUACGUAUACUGUUAAAUGUGACGGGGUUUUUGUAUACACAACUAUUAUAUACGUUAUGUGCAGUUACGUCAUUCUGUAACUAACGAGAUAUACUAACAUGCAAUGGAACGUUAUAGAAUAUGGAGGCAAUAUUUAUACAUCUGUUGUUCUUUAUAACAUUUUCUGUAUCAUAAUUUAAUUUUACUUUGUAAUACUAUAGGUAAUUUUAUGUAGGCGUUAUUUAAACCAGAUUAUGCCGAAUGGAUGAACUGAAGUGAAGUACUUAUACUGUGUAAAUAAAAUAACAUCAAUUUGACUCCUUUCCAGUUUGGUUUCAUCAACCUUUGUAAGGAAUUUCAGCCUCAACGAUAUUUAAAGUACUUGAAAGGUCUCUGCAACUGCAAGAAACAUUUGAAGGUACAAUUGGUUAUUCUCCAAUUAGUCAAAUCAGAUACUUUUUUCUAUUGUCAAAAACAUAAUUUUAUAUGAAGCUUGUAUGACAGUAAUGUAUUGUGAUGUCACGGAUUUUAAAGUCAAAAAGUAUUUCUAAUAUACUUUAAAGAGACCGAAAAACAGUAAUUCUCGUAAUUAAUAAAAACUGAUCGAUUAAAGUGACAUUUUAUUAUCGUGUGAUUAUUUUAAUACACAUAACUACACAUAUUAUCGGGACUUAACAUGAACCUUUUUUAUUUAAUGUUCAUUUCACCCUGCAAAUACCUACUCCAGUCUGGCUACGACCAUGGCGACUGCCAGUCCGUUUUGAAACGUCAGCAACCUUAAAUAAAAAAGGUUCGUGCUAAGCCUCGUUUAUAUAAUAUAUUAUGUAGGUUUGUGUUUAAAGCGCGAAAAACAUCUUCAUACAUUUAUAAUACAUUUAAUUUUUUACCCAGUCGAAUUGGCAAGUAAAGCGAAGGAUAGAGAAUUAUUGUUUCAGAAAUUUUUACACAGCUCCGCAUUAUGCUUCAUUUGGGCUGUUUCCUAUUAACAAAAUUAUGUCAUAUUAAUUGAUCAUGUUUAUUUAUUGUUUUUAUAUUAAUACUACUUUACGCCACUUGACUUUCAAAGUGAUGACGUCAUAAGUUCAUUUCAUACUAAUGUUGUAGAUAUUUUUGUUUCGACUGUUCGGCAUUUUGGAAACUACCCAAUUGAUGCCGGAUAAAUACCGCUGUAUAAUUGUUAUAUGCAGAAAAAUUUUCGUACUUUGGUUACAAAUGAAGAAUCAACCUCUUAUGUUUCAAAUGUUUGUUUGAUAGGUCUGAUUAUCACAUGAAAAUAUAAGUCAAUUGAUAAUAA